AUGAUUUCAUUGCAGAACGGAAUUCGAGCUUCGGCUCGCGAUGAAGCAGCUGGCUUCCAUGCCAAGCUGGAGCCAUCCACUCCUUCAGCGAGUCUAGUGCCUUUCAAGCCCCGUGAUGCUUCUCACCAUGAAGUUGAUGAAGACACGCUCUUGGCGCUCGCUCAUCAGAUGUAUAAGUCUGGAAGCUACAAACAGGCUCUAGAGAACAGCAGUGUCCUCUACGAGAGAAAUCCCCUUCGCACUGACAAUCUACUUCUAUUGGGGGCUAUUCAUUAUCAGUUGCAUGAUUAUGAUAUGUGCAUUGCUAAAAAUGAAGAAGCUCUUCGGCUCGAGCCUCGUUUUGCUGAGUGUUAUGGAAAUAUGGCCAAUGCCUGGAAGGAGAAGGGAGACAUAGAUCUGGCAAUUCGUUACUACUUGGUGGCCAUUGAGCUCCGUCCAAGUUUUGCGGAUGCUUGGUCUAAUUUGGCUAGUGCAUACAUGCGGAAAGGGAGACUCAAUGAGGCAGCUCAGUGCUGCCGUCAGGCACUCGCUCUGAAUCCUCAUCUGGUUGAUGCUCACAGUAACCUUGGAAAUUUAAUGAAAGCACAAGGCCUGGUGCAAGAAGCAUACAGCUGUUAUAUUGAGGCUCUCCGCAUACAACCAAGCUUUGCUAUUGCAUGGUCGAAUCUUGCUGGUCUCUUUAUGGAGUCUGGUGACCUGGCUAGAGCUCUUCAAUACUAUAAGGAAGCUGUAAAGCUUAAGCCUUCAUUUCCUGAUGCAUACUUAAACCUGGGAAACGUGUACAAGGGUUUGGGUAGGCCUCAAGAAGCCAUUGCAUGCUACCAGCGUGCUAUUCAAAGUAGACCAAAUUAUUCUAUAGCAUACGGAAAUUUAGCCAGUACGUAUUACGAGCGAGGGCAGCUGGAUUUGGCAAUUCUUCAUUAUAAGCAAGCCAUUAGUUUUGAUCCCAGAUUUUUGGAGGCUUAUAAUAAUUUGGGUAAUGCAUUGAAAGAUGUGGGUCGCGUGGAUGAAGCAAUUCAAUGCUAUAGUCAAUGCCUUUCAUUACAACCCAGUCACCCACAAGCUCUUACGAACCUGGGGAACAUAUACAUGGAAUGGAACAUGUCAGCCGCAGCUGCUUCAUACUAUAAAGCAACUCUUGCUGUAACCACUGGACUGUCUGCUCCUUUCAACAAUCUUGCUGUUAUCUAUAAGCAACAGGGGAAUUACGCAGAUGCUAUAUCGUGCUACAAUGAGGUUCUUAGGAUCGAUCCCUCGGCAGCUGAUGGUCUAGUGAACAGAGGUAAUACGUACAAGGAAAUUGGUAGGGUAACUGAAGCUAUACAAGAUUACAUCCGUGCUAUUACUGUCCGACCAACUAUGGCUGAAGCACAUGCAAACUUGGCCUCUGCUUACAAGGACAGUGGUCAUGUGGAGGCUGCCGUGAAGAGCUAUAGACAGGCUUUGCUUCUCCGACCUGAUUUUCCUGAGGCAACUUGUAACCUUCUACACACGCUGCAGUGUGUCUGUAGCUGGGAGGAGCGGGAAAUGAUGUUCAAUGAAGUUGAAGGGAUUAUUCGGAGGCAGAUCAAUUCCUCUGUUCUCCCUAGUGUACAACCGUUCCAUGCUAUAGCAUAUCCUUUGGAUCCAAUGCUUGCUCUAGAAAUCAGCCGUAAAUAUGCUGCUCAUUGCUCUAUGGUUGCUACUCGGUUUGCACUUCCUCCUUUCAACCAUCCUCCUCCAAUUCCUAUUAAGUGUGAUCAUGGAAGCGAGAGGCUUAGAAUUGGAUAUGUGAGCAGUGACUUUGGCAAUCAUCCUUUGUCACAUCUAAUGGGAUCUGUGUUUGGCAUGCACAACAGGACUAAUAUUGAGGUUUUCUGCUACGCGUUGAGUGCAAACGAUGGUACUGAGUGGCGGCAGCGUAUCCAGUCUGAAGCUGAACACUUCAUAGAUGUUUCUUCCAUGUCGUCAGAUAUGAUUGCCAAAUUGAUUAAUGAAGACAAGAUACAGAUCCUGAUCAACCUUAAUGGUUACACCAAGGGUGCAAGAAAUGAGAUUUUUGCUAUGCGUCCGGCACCAAUUCAGGUCUCGUAUAUGGGUUUUCCCGGAACCACAGGAGCAACAUACAUAGACUAUUUGGUGACUGACGAGUUCGUUUCACCUGUGAAAUAUGCCCACAUCUACUCCGAGAAGCUUGUUCAUCUACCUCAUUGUUAUUUCGUAAAUGAUUAUAAACAGAAAAAUUUGGAUGUGUUGGAUCCAAACUGUCAGCACAAACGAUCAGAUUAUGGGCUUCCAGAAGAUAAAUUCAUAUUUGCGUGCUUUAACCAGUUGUACAAAAUGGAUCCUGAAAUAUUUAACACCUGGUGCAACAUUCUUAAACGGGUACCGAACAGUGCCCUUUGGCUAUUGAGGUUCCCUGCAGCUGGGGAAAUGAGACUUCGUGCAUAUGCUGUUGCUCAAGGAGUACAGCCGGACCAAAUCAUUUUCACCGAUGUUGCCAUGAAACAAGAGCAUAUCAGGCGUAGUGCUCUGGCAGAUCUCUUCCUGGACACGCCAUUAUGCAAUGCUCACACCACAGGGACCGAUAUUUUGUGGGCGGGUUUACCAAUGGUGACACUUCCACUUGAGAAAAUGGCCACUAGAGUUGCAGGAUCACUUUGCCUUGCCACUGGAAUUGGUGAUGAGAUGAUUGUCAGCAGUAUGAAAGAGUACGAAGAGAGGGCAGUAUCCUUGGCUUUGAGUCAGCCAAAAUUGCAGGCCCUAACCAAUAAACUGAAGUCGAUUCGUCUGACUUGUCCGCUGUUCGACACCACACGUUGGGUGAAGAAUCUUGAUAGGGCGUACUUCAAGAUGUGGAGUAUUUACUGCGCAGGGCAGGAACCACAUCACUUUAAGGUGGCGGAGAAUGAUUCGGAAUUCCCUUAUGAUAGGUCAUCUUGA